AGUGACUGGUUGUACCUGAGCACGUUUAUAAUAGUUAAGGAGUAAGUAGUAUAGUAAGGAGCUGAUCACUUAUCCAAACCAGGUAUUUCACUAAUUAAAUUUUAAUGACUGUUCAGAAUUUUUUUAAAUUUAUUUUUCACAUAGAUGUUGAGGGUUAUAAUGUGUAAAUACAGCUGGCGAAAGUUAGAUUUAAUUUAUUUUAAUUUCCAGGGUGUAAUGUGACAAAAGGUAAGGAUUUUGACAUGGAAUGAUUUUCUAUAGGCACUGUACUAUAUGCACAUGUUAGUCUUUACUUAAUGAUUAACAGAAUUAUCUAAUUUCUUUUUUAUCUUUGUCACUACAUCCUAUUAAAAAUUCAAUAAUUCAAAGAAUGGCACAGAAUGCACAAGUCCCAAACUGAAUGCUAGGAAGAGCCAUGCACCAGAUUGGGGAGUAAUCUGACUGAUAAUCUUUUAUAUCACUGUGCUGAAAUAUACUAUGGCUUUAGAUAGAACAUGAUAUAACCUGAGUGCUUACAUGUACUUUUUUUUUUUUGCAAUGAACAGUAAGUGAUUUUAACAGAAGGGUGGGUGGAUUCAAAAAGGGAGAACUAUAUGCAGAAUAAAAGAGCUCACAAAGAGGAUGAGAGAGUUUGAAAAAAGAUGCUGAUGCUUUGGCUCUGCAAAAUACUUGCUAUGCUGAAUAUCUCAUCUAAAAUGCAUCUACAAAGACACACGUGUUUGAAGAGAGGAAUCAUUCAGUCAAAGGACAUAUGAGAUUAAUUGACUCAAGCCAGAAAGAAGCCAUGAAACUUCAAAACGGUCCAAGAGCCACACUAGCCUUCACCUUAAACUGCUUGGCCUUCACUUUGGCCGUGUCUGCUGUAACAACCAGCUACUGGUGUUCUGGGACCAGGAAGAUAGUGAAGCCCUUGUGCACAGGCCCAGAAAAAGUCAAGCAGAACUACUGCAUCCACUUCAAUAGCUCUGAUGCGAACAACACACAUCUGGUGCAGUACAUUUACGAGACUGGAGAGGAAAAGUUCAUAUUGAAAAAAUUCCACACAGGCAUUUGGUUCACAUGUGAACAGGCUGUUGAUCUUUUAGGAUUUACCUGUAGAGCGUUUUUAGAGAUUUCACCCAAUCAUGAAAGAGGAGUGUUAUGGCUGUGUAUUAUUGGUGAAUGUUUGUACAUCACUUUGCUGUUUAUUGGAGUCUCACUCAUGACAGUGGAGAUGUGUCACUGCUGUAACACAAUGAACCGACUCAAGCUGAAUGCUUUUGCAGCCCUGUUCACUGCACUUUCAGGUCUUAUAGGCAUGGUAGCACAUAUGAUGUUCACCACAGCCUUUCAGCUUGCAGUCCUUAUGGGUCCAGAGAACUGGAAACCCAAAACCUGGGACUACAGCUGGUCCUAUCUUUUGGCCUGGGCCUCCUUUGCUACCUGCAUGGCCUCAGCCAUCACUGCCCUCAACCACUACACCAAAACCAUGAUCCAGUUCAAGUUCAAGCGGAGGAACAUUGAAAACAACCUGGAGCUCCUGGGACUGCAUAUGCCUGUAGGAUUAUGGAAUACAUACCCGAGCUCAGGCUUUGAUCCUGCAGACCAGCACAUUUCCUUUGAAGUGAAUGGCACCAGACAACUUUAUUCUUCAUCCCAAGACACUGCAACACUGCACUCACAGGGUGAAGAGUACUGCUGA